UAUAUAUUUGUCGUAUGCCUUAUCUCGCACCUGUCGUCCUGGCUGUUCAAGUCUGUUGGAGUUUGACACAAGUCAAUAGGCUGAGAACUGUUAAGGAUGGAAGAAGAAGAGCCAAUGGAUAUUUCAGGAGAAGACAAUGACUUCUUCAAUACACACAGUGCACUGCCGACAAGAUUCAAAGAGAGUUCAAAGAAAUGGAACUCCAAUGCAACAAUAUGCUCAUCCUCACCAACAAAGCAUGAGAGCAGACUAUAUGGACGAUCAGCCUCAGUUGAUGAAUUAAUAUUAAGACAAAGAUUGAAGCAGAAAAACGUAGAAAUUUCAAAACCUCUGAUUGAGGAAAUGAGAGGAUUAAACUCUAUGCGAAGUUUAACGCCAAAGAAAAGACACAGCAUGCAUGAGCCUUCACAAAAGACGCCUAAAUUAGUGGGACCUAAUCAUCCUGAUUUUAAACAGGAUUCGAAGAAAAAUAAGGAAAAAUCAUCUCUGUUUAACAAAAGGAAUAAUGGAACAUUUAUGGUCUGGGCAAUUGUGAUACUAUUCUGUGUUAUAGGAAAGAUUUAUCUGUCUUAUAAUGCAGACUGUGAGAUGUUUAUUGACUUUCCAAACCUGGAAAAGAAUUUUGACCAUUUUCUAUUCGGGCAGCACAUAGCAAGAAACAUGUCUAUAUCAACACUUAGUCGGUAUUGGGAACAAUCCUUAAGCACAAAUCACACUCGCUUAAAACCUUUUGUAUUUUCAUUUCAUGGCUGGACAGGUUUUGGGAAAAACUUUGUUACGAAACUCAUUUUAAAUUCAUUGCAUGUACAUCAUUACAAAACCUAUCUGGUUCCGAACCAGUUUCCAUCCUCCAACAUUCAAUCCAACGCAAAAGACAUUUCUAAGUCAAUCAGGAAACACAUCAGGGAUUGCCGCUUCAAUGUAUUCAUUUUUGACGAAAUGGACAAGGCUCCGCCUUCGCUAAUAAAGGGAUUAAAAUCUGUGUUAACCUCCCUGAAAAACAAGGAAUUUGACAACCAGUGGAUAGUCUUCAUUUUCCUCAGCAACUCGAAAGGAUCUGAAAUCAACAGCUUCCUGUUUUCCCAAAUUGCAAAAGGGAGGAGCAGAGAGGAUUUGACCCAUGGAGAAUUUCUAUCUGUCUUGCACCAAGAAUCAGAAAAAGAGUGGUAUCAUGACAUACAUGAUAAGAACCUGAUUGAUGUCUAUGUGCCGUUUUUGCCUCUAAAUACAACGCACAUAGAGUACUGUAUCAAGCAGGAUCUUCGACGAAAGAAAGUAGUGCCUUCUGAUGGCUUGGUAUUGAAGAUUCUGCAUGAAUUGAGCUUCUUUCAACCACCUGGAACUCCUGUGCAAUAUUCCCUUACUGGCUGCAAAAGAGUCAGCGAUAAGGUUGACCUGCAUAUUACUUCAGUGGAUUGAUUCCACUUUUGGAUUAUAUAAUUUGAAUUUGAUUUUGUUUGUUAAUGCAAAUUUCUGAUCUCAGGUUCCACGUAAAGUACCAGUAUUAGAGUCCUAGGUCAUUGGGUGAUUAUGUAGAUACAUGUAAUUACUUUCGUUUGUUUUAUACUGAAGUGUAGAGUGUGCAAAUUUGGUUAACCACAGUUUAAACACCUAGUUGAUAGGCCCCAUAUGAAUAAUUGAUUUGUAAUUGAUCCAAAGAAGUACUCUUUCUUAUUGUCACAAGCAACUAUAGUUUAACAAGGUACUGGUACUAUUGUAAUAAUCAAUAGUAUAUUAUAAAUGUGCAAUUGGAAAUGGGGUACAUUUGGACUGGAUUUUUACUGAAAGAAGAAAACAUAAUGCAGAUGUUUUUUUUUCUUAUUUGGUGCAAUUUUAUAUUGAAAUUAAUAAUAUAUUUAAAAAAAAUUGAAACUUUUUAUGUGAUGUUGUUACAUAUAUAAAUAUUGAAUCACUAGCAUAUUUUGAAGUGCUUUUGUAAAAAUUAAUAUUUGGUCAACAUUUUUCAAUAAAUAAAAAUACCAAUAAUUAUUUGUUGUGAAAAACAUACAUUUUCAAUGUACCAAGAGCACUGUGUAUCAUUGAUGCACAUGAACGAAUCCAAGGGUCUGAUGUCAGAUUGUAUAUUGUACAAUUUGAUUGUUUGAAAAUGGUGAUAAUAUUUUGAAUAUGUAAUUACAUCCACAUUUAUUUAAAUGUUUUAAAAUGACCCUUAUUUUUAGAAAUUUUUUGUAAAUAUAUUACUAAGUACUGCCAGUUAACUACUUUAACUACUAGGGUACUUAUAUUUAUUGCUCCAUUGCACAACCGUUAUAAAGAAGAUGGGUGAAUAAGAUGACACAAAUACUCAUUUAAUCGUAAAAUACUAUCGUAAUAUUUAAUUUUUUUUAUCUAAAUCUAUUUUGAAUACAUGUAUAUUAUCAUUUUGCAAAAACAAAUUUUCUAACAAACACAAAGAACAAAAAAAAGUUUUGAUGGUAUCAAACCCUCAACCUAAAGAGUCCAACUAUAUAUAUACAGUUGAACUUCGAUAUCUCGAAUACAAUGGAUAUGUCGAAGUGAUUUGGCAGUCCCAACUAAUUUUUUUUAAAGUAUUCUACUCUUGAUAUCUCGGAUAUCUGGAAGUUUUUAAACAGUACCAUCUAGUUCGAGAUAACGAAGUUUGACUGUACAUGUAUAAGGAUAUCAUUUUAAGUCUGGAGUGCUAACAAGUAACAACUGAGCCAGUUAAACUUUUGUUACAUUGAUUUGAUUUUCUAUUAUUUAGUAUUUUUCUAAAAUGUCAAUUGUUGGGAUGCAGAAUGAUAUUUCUUAUGCAACUAUUAGUGGGUUAAGUUUUUGUUGAUUGAAAUUGUUCACCUUAAUUCUUUUAGACCUUAAUUAGAAAUUGACAAAAAUAUAAAACUCUACAAAUUAAAAGGAAUUAAAGGAAUUAAAAAGGUACUUUUUGAAAAUGUUUGUAUGUAUAUACACCGAUUCAAAUCAAUUUAUCUCAAGUAAUGAACAUAUCCAAUGGUUACAAAUUGAUAUUAAUUUAAUAUAAAUUGUUUGGAGCGGUAUUUGAAAGAGACAGCUUUAUAUUUUUAUCAUUCAGUAUCU